AUGCUGCUGUGGAAGGAUUUUUUACCAAAUCAGCCAGCUCGGUUCUUGGUCUGGUUUCUGAUGCGUCGGCGGCGACGCGCUUCCAACCUACCUGCGGUUCCGCGUCAAUCUGCCGAGCAUGAGGGUACGGAAUGGAAGGCAGAGCUACAAAGUCAUACUCCACCAGAGUCGAAAGUAGAACUCCGAGGUCCAAUUCCACCUGAGUACCUGACCAGCUCCAAUCCAUUGGCGGAGCUCGCGCAGCCUCAGACGGUGACUACCGGUUUUCGUAGAGAUCUUCAGGGGCAAGAGUUACCUUAG